GAAGCCUGAUAACAACCCAUUCAUUUCAAUCAGAUGUGCUGGUGCAGUAAGAUGACUAAAACAUGCAGGGUAGGGAGGCCCUGGGACCAGACCUCCAUGCGUGAAGACAUCUUUCAUUUUCCUAUUCCUCACAACAUCCUAUUGGUCCUAAAGGUUACAAGCUCAAGACUCAGGUGAUGCAGCAUUAACAUCGAAUAUCCACUCAGCUGGAUGCUUGAUGAAGUAUGGUGGUGAAGAUGGUUAGAAUGCACUUAAUGGGGCCACUGUCGUGGGGCCGGGUCAAAUGGCCAAGCAUAAUGGGAACAGGAGUCCUUUAUCUGCUGCUGCUAUCAACCUGUCUCGGCCAAGACACCGAAGAUUGGCAAUAUGAGGAAUGUAAACUGUCUCGCUCGGGUCCUCCUGCCACCAUCGUUGCCAUAGAUGAAGAGAGCCCCAAUGGAACGUUACUGGUGGAGAACAUGCAGAUAAACGGCGUGGCUGAGGGUCCGGAUCGUACCAUCUCUCUGUCUCUAAGGGAUAACUACGACCACUGGGUGAUCCUUGACCCUUCCAAACAAGCCCUUUACCUCAACAGCACUGGGAGGGUGCUGGAUAGAGAUCCCCCCUCAUAUAUUCAGUCCAUUGUGGUUCAGGUGCAGUGUACGAAUGAGCUGGUAGGCACGGUAAUUUUACACGAAGUUCGCAUCGUUGUUCGAGACCGCAACGACAACGCACCACGUUUCCAGCAACCGAGAUACUAUGUUGCCGUCAGUGAGCUGACGCCAGUAGGAACCACUAUCUUCUCUGGUUUCUGGGGCAACAAUGGGGCAACAGACAUUGAUGAUGGUCCCAAUGGACAGAUAGAGUACACCAUCCAGUACAACCCGAGAGACCCGACAACAAACAGAACCUUUGAUAUCCCCCUGACACUGUUUGGCGCUGUAGUUCUCAGAGAAAGACUCAACUAUGAGGAGAUAACACGGUACCUGGUCAUCAUACAGGCAAAUGAUCGAGCCCCUUAUCCAAGUGAGCGCCGUACAGCCACCACCACUCUAACUGUGGAUGUACUGGAUGGUGAUGACUUGGGCCCCAUGUUUCUUCCUUGUACACCUGUGGGAAACACCCGCGACUGUAGUCCCAUCACAUACAGGGCUAAUGUACUGGAGCUGACAGAGCCGAUUAAAGUGAGUCCCCUCAAUGUGACCCCACCGAUUCAAGCUGUGGACCAAGACAGAAACAUACAACCUCCCUCUGACAGGCCAGGGAUUCUAUACAGCAUCCUCAUUGGCAAACCAGAGUCCUAUGCAGAGUAUUUCAGCUUGAACAGAACCACAGCAGAGCUCCUGCUACUAAAGCCCAUUGACAGAGAGCUCCACAGCAGAUUUGAUCUGGUUAUCAAGGCAGAGCAGGACAACGGUCACCCCUUACCAGCUUUUGCCAACCUCCAAAUCGAAGUUCUGGAUGAAAACAAUCAGGCGCCUUACUUCCUGGAGACCAGUUACCAUGGCUACGUCAGCGAGGCAUCACCGGUGGGGACCACCAUAUCGACCAGUGCCAGCCUGGCUGCGCCGCUGGCCAUUGUGGCCCUGGAUAAUGAUGUGGAAGAGACCAGGGAUCCUCAGCUCCACUUAUCGUUGGACAGCUAUUCCCAUGUUUUCUCUGUGUCUGCUACUGGGAUCAGAAGAUUUCUCACCCUGGUGCAGCCACUGGACAGGGAGACACAGGACUCCUAUAACUUCACGCUUUUAGCAUCUGACGGCGUCCAGCAGAGCGCGCCGGUUACCGUGACCAUAACAGUGUUGGACGCUAACGACAACACUCCGACUUUUGCAAAUGUCUCUUACAACGUCAACCUGUUUACUGACAUGACACCUGGAGAAACUGUGUUGCAGCUGUCAGCAGUCGACUCCGAUGCUGGUCCUAAUGGUCAGGUCACUUAUCGGAUCUUAGCUGGCGACCAGGGGCAUUUUCUUAUUGGCAACAGCACUGGGGUCAUUACUGUGGCACAAGGUGUUGAGCUCACUGUUGGGCGGAGCUACGCUUUGACUGUGGAAGCCAAAGACAAUGGGCCUGUACCUCACAGACGGUCAUCCAUUACGACAGUCUAUAUUGAAGUUUUGCCCCCAAACAACCAGAGCCCUCCCCGUUUCCCACGGCAACAGUACAGCCUGGAGAUCAGUGAAGCUAUGAGGACUGGAGCUACACUGCUUAAUCUGCAGGCAGUGGACCGGGAGAGGGACCCCAUUACCUACAAAAUCCAUAGUGGAGACCUCCAUGAACAUUUUGCACUACAGCAGAAUUCAGGGUAUUUGGUUCUGGACAAGCCUCUGGACAGGGAAUCUCUGGAUUAUUACACCCUUGUGGUCACAGCUUCAGACGGACACCCAGAUGGGACCUCCACUGCGAUGGUGAGCAUUGUGGUGACAGAUGUUAAUGACAAUGACCCGCAGUUCGAUUCUUCACUGCCAGUGAACCUCACUGUCAUCGAGGAGCAGGAUCACGCCUACGUUGGACAGGUCAAGGCUACAGACCCAGAUUUGGGGGCAAGCGGUCAGGUCCAUUAUCGACUCGUCAACCACCAGAAGCUGUUUUCCAUCAAUACCACAGGAGCGAUCAGGACUGCGGUGCCACUGGACAGAGAGGUGAAGGGCCACUACUUUCUGAUUGUUGAAGCCUCGGAUGGUGCGGUGGACCCUCGGAGAUCCAGAUUAACACUUUAUGUGACUGUUCUGGAUGUAGACGACAACAGCCCGAUCUUCACCCAACAAACUUACAACGUCAGCCUACCAGAGAACAGCCCCAAGGAUACGGUCAUAUUACAAGUAAAGGCAGUAGACGCUGACCUCGGUUCCAACCUCACGUAUCGAAUCAGAACUGAGGGCUCGGACCCGCACAUCGCUCAGCUAUUCCACAUCGACCCGGUUACCGGAAAGCUGUCAGUUCGCAAAGUUCUGGACUAUGAGGCUCUGACCGACUCCGAUCCCACAUACACGUUCACUGUGGAGGCCGUGGACGCAGAGGGAACUAUGCCUCCUGGACUAGCCUCUGUUACCGUCAGAAUCAUGGACAUGAAUGACUUUACUCCGGUAUUCAGCCAGUCAGUGUACCGAGGCAUGGUUGCCCCUAAUGCUGUCAAGGGAACCAUCGUAACCACAGUUACGGCCAAUGACUCUGACCCUGCGGGUACCCCAGCAGGUCUAGUGCGCUAUAAAGUGGAGCAGCAGGCCGAUCCAUACUCAGCCAGUAUAUUUGGCGUCGAGGAAAAGACAGGAAAUGUGGUUACCAGAGUAAACCUCAACGAGGAGCCAAAUCUCAAGUUCAAUCUGGUGGUGGUGGCCUUUGAUGAUGGUGAGCCUCCAAAGGAGAAUGCAACUCUGGUAGAGAUCACGGUCCUCCAGCCGUCUGUCAUUCCCGUGUUCACACAGGAAGAGUACAGGUUUCCACCCGUGAGCGAGGAGGCUGCUGUUGGAACCCCAGUGGGAGCCAUCGUUGCAGCUGCUGUCAAUCAAACUAUCAUCUACUCCAUCAUCGAAGGGAACGAGGGAGGUGCGUUUGCAUUAAAUGAAACAACAGGGGUGAUUUCCACAGCCAGGGCCUUGGACUAUGAGGCCAAUUCCAGCUUUGUUCUAAAGGUGGAGGCAGACUCCAUGAGAGUGGUGUCCUCGAACCUCCGAGCUCCCUCGAAGACUAACACAGCGAAGGUGAUCAUCGACAUCCAGGAUGAGAACGAUCACCCGCCCGUUUUCAGCAAAUCUCUUUACAUCGGAGGAGUCGCUGAAGAUGCCAAAACGUUUACCUCCGUCUUGCAAGUACAGGCCCUGGACCAAGACACUGGUAACUACAGUUCUAUGAUAUACCGACUCAUCAUUCCUCCUCCUGCUGGAAAAGACACUAAAGACAGCAAAGACGGCUUUGUUAUCGAACCUUACACUGGCGUGGUGAAGACGGCAAUCAUGUACCGCAACAUGAGAAGAUCAUAUUUUAAGUUUGAGGUGGUUGCUACAGACAACUAUGGUCAAGGACACAGCAGCAAGGCAGAGAUAGUGGUGUCCGUCGUGAACCAGCUGGACAUGCAGGUGGUCGUAUCAAAUGUCCCUCCAACCUAUGUGGAGAAAAACAAAGACAAGCUGCUCAGCAUUUUGGAGCGAUACGUUCAGGAACAGAUACCGGGAGCAAAGGUUGUCGUGGAAACCAUUGGGCCCCAUCGCCAUGGUGAUGGAUUGGAGCAGGAAGACUACACCAAGUCAGAUCUCAUGAUUUAUGCCAUCGACCCUCUGACAAAUAGAGCUGUGUCUAGACAGGAACUCCACAAGUUUCUUGAUGGUAAACUCUUAGACAUCAAUAAAGAGUUCCAGCCCUUCUUCCCUCCUGGUGGACGGAUUCUGGAGAUCCGAACCCCCGAAGUGGUGACCAGUGUAAAGAAAGCUCUGCAGACUGUAGGCUACACCGAGGGGGCGCUGUUGGCUCUGGCAGUUAUCAUCAUUAUCUGCUGCGUCCCUGCCAUACUAAUUGUCAUUAUCACCUACAAACAAUUCAAAGAACGCCAAGCGGAGUGUGCCAAAACAGCCCGUAUCCAGAUGGCACUGCCAACAGGCAAACCAGGGGGAAGCACUGCCAAUAACCUGUAUGAGGAGCUUGGUGACAACGCCAUUCGGUCAAACCACGGUGGUGGUGGGAGUGGUGGCAGUCUGGAUGAAAGUGACCGCCAGCGUCUGAUCUCAGAUUUUGCGACACGAGCGAUCGCGGCCCAUCGUCAGUGUGUUGCUAAUGGUGGGGUGCUCAACAACCUGCCUAAGUCUGAGUCCAACAUCACCUUUCUCUCUGAUGAAAACCCUCUGACUAUCAAAAAUCCUAUCUACCAUGAGGAUGGGACUUUGAGUAGCCCGGAAACCCUUGGAAGAAGCCAGAGGAGAAGAGACCUUCUCGGGAACUUCUCCCCUUCCAGGAAAGGCCUUCGAGAUGCUUGGCUGAGACUCAGCUCCCAUGGAGGAGAUGUGGGAUUUGGUGGGUACAUUGGCAGUGACAGUGGAUGGGGAUCUGGGGGUGGCCACAGCUGGACUCUCCCAUCAAGAUUACAUCGAAGAGAGAUGUAUGAUGCUUUGAGACGCCAAGUGGUUAUGGAUCCCGUGCAGUGGGAGCUUGAGCUUCUUAAGGCCGAAUUCAAAGAAAGUAAAGAUGCUGGUUUGGAUUCAGGAUUUGACCGGGGGUUGGAUUCAGACUUAAUGGGAAGCCCAAGUCUGGAACCCAAGCUGUCAGUCAAAGAACAAGCCAGGCAGUUUGAGCAGCAGGCGCUCCAGGAAAUGCGGCAAAGGCAAAACAGAGAUUCACGAGGAUCUCUGUCACCUGAUAUCUUACUUUCUGUUUUCCCAGAGUCUCCUCAGCAUCACAAGCACACCCCCACCCACAGUACCUCAGCUGCUCAUGUUAAAGAGGCUCCCCCAAGUAUCAUUGUCACCCAAAGUGAUGGAGGGACCCCUCCACCCAGUCACAAGCCUACUCCUCCUGUGCUGCGGCGCUUCGGGGCAAAUUUAACAGGAAAUCAGAGUGCAGAUGAUAGACUUAAGGUCCAUUUAGAGGUUAUCCCUGAUCCUCCAUCAACUCCACCACCACCACCUCCAUCCCCACCACCUCCACCUCCACCUCCACCUUCCACAACUGCUCCUCUCCCUCCUUCAUCUCCUUCUCCACACCACCCUUCCUCCCCUCCUCCUCUCACUCCUGCUUCAUCUCACUCCAACCAUACAGAAAAGAAGACUCCUCCCCCUCCUCCCCCACCUCCUCCUCCUCCUCCUCCUCCACCGCUCCCUCCCUCUUUGUCACCCUCGCUUCUGCGUCCAUCCACCUUUGUCCUCCCAUCACUGUCGGAGGCACCAGCCCUGCGGCCCGUGUCCCUCCGGCCACCUCCGCCACCACAACCAGUGGAGCCUGAACCACCUCGAAAAGAGCUGAAAGGAAUCUUAAAGAACAUCCAAAACAUUGCAGACAUUGAGAAGUCAGUGGCCAACAUGUUCAGCCAGAUAGAUCAGAAACAGAUCCCGCUCAAAAAGGUCAUGAAGAGCCGAGCCUCUAUGGAUUCUCUUGAUUCACUUGACUCCUUGGAUGCAUUAGCAGCAGGAGGAGGGGGAAGGGAAGAGGGUGGAGGAGCAGAGGGAGGAGAGGGAGGUAGAGAAGGAGCAGGAGGAGGCGGAGAGGAUCUGCCACCUCCACAGAUUCAGCACAACCCAAACAUGAACUCCAUCAUGGAAGAGCUUGAGAAACGCUUCCCGUCUCAGUCUACAAUGCUCUAGCCUUUGCCUUGAUUAUAUGGAAAGCACACAGAAGGGAAUUUCUGAACAUUGUUGCUGUGGAGCUGUCAAGGGACUGAUGCUCAAAAUAGCUCAGUGGGAUGCUGUGAUGGUUUGGUGAUUUUUUUUUUUUUUACUGUGCUGUAGCUGUGCUCUUCCAACAUGACUUCCUGUUUUCUACGUGAGAAGAGAAAAGAACUAGGCCUAAUAUAAACUCUCUGUGAGGAAGAAAAAUGUUUCUCCUCGAUUGAUGCUGAAUAGUAAAGGAUGAGGUGAGAACAAAGGUCACAUCUUGUAUAACUGUAAUAUUUUUAACCAUCUAGUCGCUGGAAAGGGCUUCCACUCUUGGUAUCUGUAUUCUGCUCUUAUUUCUCUUUGACUAUCACACAAAGAGAGAACAAUUAAAGUAGUGUUUAAGGAGGAAGAGGAAGUGAUAAUCAGUUUAGGAGGUUAAGUCCAUUUUUUAAAUUUGUGUUAUUUCGGUGAACCUCAACUGCUUGGACGAAUUCAAAAGCCUGUUUUCAAAGUAGUUGUUUGGAGAGCUGACUCAUUAACUGCCUUUGCCAUUAUUCUGGUUUCCCCACAAACAGCAUCUCUGGGGCUUGUUUUUUAAUUAAAACCAGGGAAAAUUGCUGCAGAUGGGAGCAGUCAAAUCAAAUGAUUAAAAGUGACAAAAUGUCUCCUGGUUAACUUUCAGUGUGACUGAGAUCAUUAACAUUUUACGUCCAAUUCUAGUCAGUCUCAAAUUAUUAUCAGUGAAAGACAUAUGAUGAUGUGGGCUCUUACUGUUGUGAGAAGCCAGUUAUACUUUUGGGGUAUCUUUAACAUACACCCUCUGGACAUCUAGAGCAAUUCUACGUGUAGUGGGUCUGAACUCAGUCUAUCUGUUCCUAUUGGUUGGCAACUUUCUGUUUGCUGGCUAAAUUAUUCACAAG